ACACACGUCGGGGGGAGAGAGAGAGAGAGAGAGAGAGAGAGAGAGAGAGAGAGAGAGAGAGAGACGAGAGAGAGCACACAGAAGUUUGAUUUUAAGUCUGGAAAGUGCAACUCCUCGCUCAUUCACACCAGAUUCACCAACCCAACAUCAAGGAGAAUAAAUCAGAUUCUUUUCUUUCACUCCUUUUUGGCUUCAGGUGCGUUGUUACGCGGCGCGGACCUGUUGGUUCAGUUUGGGCUUCAAACUUUUGGAUAAAGUCGCGCAAUCUUUGCAGGACACCGCGCAAGAAGGCAAUGCACAGAGUGUGUGUGGAGAGAGCAACCUGGCCGGCAGUGAGAGGAUGAUGAUGUGACCCUGUGUAAACUCCAAUGACCACCUCUCUCUCUCCCAAACACACGUGAAACGGCAGCAGCAGCGCGUCCAUGUCCAGGCUCAAGCCAGCAUGACUCUGUCCGGCGGUUUGUCGGAUACUUGUCAGCUCGUUUUACGCGACCGCAUGGAGCCGGAGCUGUGGAAGUAGGGCUUCAUCCAUGCUUUCUGGGGAAUAGUUGGUGCAGACACGUUGGGAAGCAAACAAAGCCACCGUGCACACUUUGGAGAGAGAGCUACGAUGCGGGGAACUUUGGGCGCAUUCAUUCAGUCCUGUCUGAUACUCCUGGUCCGGGCAGACCAGUGGAGGUUGAAGGACUCCGCCAACUGCGAGCUUAACAGGAAACAAACUGAUCUAAACUCCUUCCUGUGGACAAUCAAACGGGACCCUCCCUCAUAUUUCUAUGGUACAAUCCACGUUCCCUACACACGCGUUUGGGACUUCAUCCCUGAAAACUCAAAGCAGGCCUUCCAGGAGAGCAACAUUGUCUACUUUGAGCUGGACCUGACGGACCCUUACACCAUCUCAGCCCUGACAAGCUGCCAGCUGCUCCCUCAGGGCGAGAACCUGCAGGAUGUCCUACCCAGGGACAUCUAUCGGAGACUUAAAAGACACCUUGAGUAUGUAAAGCUCAUGAUGCCUUCAUGGAUGACCCCGGAUCAGAGAGGGAAGGGACUCUACGCAGACUACCUCUUCAACGCCAUCGCUGGGAACUGGGAGAGGAAACGGCCCGUUUGGGUGAUGCUGAUGGUGAAUUCGUUAACUGAAGCAGAUAUUAAGACACGAGGGGUGCCGGUGUUGGACUUGUACCUGGCCCAGGAGGCGGAGAGGAUGAGGAAGAGGACGGGGGCUGUCGAGAAGGUGGAGGAACAGUGUCAUCCGCUCAACGGGCUCAACUUCUCCCAGGUGAUCUUUGCCCUGAACCAGACGUUAUUACAGCAGGAGUCUUUAAGGGCAGGAAGCCUACAGGUCCCAUACACCACUGAGGACCUCAUCAGGCACUACAACUGUGGAGAUCUCAACUCCAUCAUCUUCAAUCACGACACCUCACAGGUCCCUAACUUCAAUAACGUGACACUGCCACCCAGCGAGCAGGUGACUGCCCAGGAAAUAGACAGCUACUUUCGACAAGAGCUCAUCUACAAGAGGAAUGAGAGGAUGGGGAAGAGGGUCAAGGCACUGCUAGAAGACCACCCUGACAAGAGCUUCUUCUUUGCCUUUGGAGCAGGUCAUUUUCUUGGCAACAAUACAGUCAUUGAUGUGCUUCGUCGCCAGGGAUACGAGGUGGAGCACACCCCUGCUGGGCAGCCCAUAAACAGGAGAUCAUCAUUCAGACCUGACUCGCCGGAGUCAGAAGAGCACCACGAUGAGUCCCCUCUCCUGGAGCCUUUCCUCCACGAGCUCCCUCACAAAGAGGAGGAUCAGGGGCGUCCCCUGGAGGAUGAUCUGUUACCCCACAUGCUUCUUCCAGCUGAUAGCCUGGAGCUGCUGGAGAAAGCGGAGAGGAAGAUGCUGAAGAAAAAGAGGAGGAACAAGCAGAAGAAACAGCGGCACCGGCAUUUUAACGACCUCUGGGUUCGCAUCGAGGAGAGCACUAUGGUCCAGUCUCCGCCUCCCCCGCUGGUUCGCAUCAUCAAUGGUUACAUCACAGUGCAGCCACCUGACAGAGUCCAUAGCCACUACAACUUCCAUCACAUAUCUUCAGCAUCAACCACCUCUUCGUCCUCUCCAUCUUUACUGGUCUUCCUCUGCUCGUUGCUUACGGUGCAGAUGUGGACUGUGUUCCUCUCGUAGAGCAUUAGUGGGGCAGUCAACCUUCUUGAGUAUGAACUCUCACAUAUGAUGGUUUCAUGUAUCAGCCCAUGUAAAUUGAGGUCUGAUCACGCAUCAUAAUACCUAGAUGAGGCUGCAAAAGAGUGUGGUGACUCAGAGACUGCUCACAAAAAAAUAGCGUGGAGAAAGGAUGUGAAAUCAGCUCUAGCUGUCAGGUAACGGUACACUCCAUGGAUGUAAGGCUAGAUAAAGUUUGAUGUUGUUGGGACUGAAUGGUAAAUCAUGUCAAUAGAGCAUGUCUCUUACAAAUUGAGGCCUUGAUGAGCAUGUAAGUUCAUACAGAGUUAGGGUUCUUGG